AUGAAUGCUGUCAAGAAAAGACUUGGAUCAAGCCAAAAAGGAAGUACCUCUCCAAGAAAUACUCAAGAUGGCAGCUUUGGCACAGGUGGUCGCACGCCUAGUACAACAAACACAGGACCUUCUGGUGCCUUGGAUGCUGACCCUGAUUUGGACGGAUUGUCUCCUGAAUUGGUUCCCAUAGUCACUUUGUUAUCUUCCCAAUCGCAUAGACGCUACAACGAAGGAAUCUUUAUGUUGUACUACGAUCUCAAUGGAGAUGGAAAACCUGCUGACAGAGAGUGGCGUGAAGUAUAUGGGAUCUUGACUGGAAAUCAGUUGGCUUAUUGGGAUGCUGCAAUUUUGGCUCAAUUCAAAAACAAUGCCGAUGCAUUACUAGAAGUAUCGGCCAAACCCAGUUAUAUCAACUUCACGGACGCAGUUUAUAGUGCAAUGAAAACUUUACCAGCAGCAAAACAAAAUUUGGAUAAUGUUGUUGUUGUUUCCACAACUUUAAAAAACAGAUACAUUUUGCAAUUCAAAUCCACCAAGGACUUGGAAACUUGGUAUUGUGCCCUUAGGCUAUCAAGCUUUGAAUACAACUCCCUUCAAGCCGCUUAUACCGGUGCGUUAUUAUCUGCACGAGGAUCUCGGUUAUCCGAUAUUCGAACAAUUUUGGCCGAAAAACGUUUUGAUCACGAAGAUUGGAUCAGUAUAAGAUACGGUAGUGGUAUGGCUUGGAAACGAUGCUACGCUGUUGUUGAGCCGUCUACUUUGAAAAGAAAAACUUUUGUUCCCGGGAGGAUUCUUCUUUUCGAAAACGAACAGAAAAAGAAGAAACAAUUGAUGGCUGUUGUAACUGAUGCAUCUUCUGUUGCAGCCAUAUACCCUCAAUCCCAUCUCUUGAUUGACCAUUCAACCAUGAUUAAGAUGGAAGGGUACAUCAACUUCUCCUCACCAAGUUUGUCAACAAAAGUUUCAAAAAAAGACUUGGGGGAUUUCAAGCAAACGUCAAUAUUCUUGAUGCCUGAACAACACUCAGCCGUUCCCGGGUUCGACACCUUGAUAAGAUUUUUAGUACCGUUGUUUGAUACAUUUGGAUUAUAUGGCAGACCAAAGAGAUUGAAGGCCAACCGAAAUGAUGUUGAUUCGCUAUUGUUUGGAUUGCCAACUCUUCCUAGGGUUCAUUACUUGGAGCUUCUGGAUAUUCAACAGCUAGUCUCCAGAGGUGGUUUCAUCAAUUGGGAUUUGAGAACAUGGAAUUUAGAGAUCCAAAACUUGCUAAAGUCUAAAAUCGAAAGAGGUUAUGACGGAUGUGGAAGUCAACGAGGUUACGCUGCUGCUGUGAGCAGUCUCAAUAGUCCAGCUCUAUCAAGUUCCCCUAGACUUCCAAGUAGUGGCACUGCGCUGACAUUCAAAAGAAAGGACUCUUCCAAUUUGUCGCGAGAAACAACACCACAGUCAGGAAAUUUUGCACAACCUUUGUCGAAACAAUCUACUCAGCUCAGCACGUCGCUACCUGGUCCAGCGCCAGCGCCACCACCACCACCGCCUCAUCAACCCUCUACCAUAGCACCUGGAGGAAAACGCUUGGACAAGAAUAUCAAAAACCUCGAAGUCGAAGUUCCUGCAAUUCCACAAACAGUGAAAAACGGACACCUCGCGCCUGGAGCCACUACAAAUCCGCAUGAUUCGGUUCAAUUGGCAGAGAUUUACCAAAAAUACUCAGAUUUGAAAACACCAUCAGACAAUUAUGUUGAUCGAAGAGAAUUGCUUAAUGGGUCACACGAACAAUUCAUGGAGGAUGAAUUGCCGUUGGGAAUAAAACAGAUGAACCUCAAAGACAGCAUGUAUCCUAAAAACGAUAACGGAUUGUUUAGUGAUGAUGAUGACGAUGAUGACGAAGAGGAAAGUCUGCCUGGAUCAGAUAAGGGAAAGCUGCCAAGAUUGUUAGAUGUGCGCACAAUUGCACACAACCCCAGUGAAUCAAGUGUGUCUGUGGGUAGCUUGAGAGUCCCUACUCACGAGCAAAACGGCAGCUACUCAUCUGUAAUAUCUCCUAUGGCUCAAUUCAAUGACCUAAGCGAUCAAUAUAAGAAAGUCGGAAAUAGCGCUCCAUUUUAUGGCCUUCAAACAGAUUCGUCUUCCAAAAAUGACCCCAGUGCGGAACAAUUUGGUGCAAAUUUGGAAAAUAUUCCAACGAGUUACGCAACCGCCAACAAACCUCAACAGCAGCAUCAGCAGCAGCAAAUCCAUCAACUGGCCCAUCCUGAUGAUACUCAAAAGAAUCAUUCGCCAAUUGCUCCUGGCGUUGUGUAUCCAAAUAACAAACCCAGAUAUAUAGUAUCACCCAACUCCUCACAAAACCAUCUCAGCAAACCAGUACAGUCUGAAGUGCCACGUCAAAUCCCAUCUCCUGUGAAGAAGGAUUUGCAAUAUCCGAUUUCUCCAGGAAGAAAAGCACCCACCACUGACUUUUUACCAAGUGGCGAUCAAUCGAGACCAAAGGCAAAUAUACCAAAAUCGAAUAAACAGAUUUUUGUUCCCCUUGAUGGAAAACCAGGUCAAGAUAAUUAUUACAAUCAGGGGGGAAUUCGCCAUCAAAGCCCACAACAAAAUGGAUCUGAAUACAACCUGUCAAGAGCUGAGUAUCCUGAGUCUCGGCGUGCAGCUGCGCAGUCUCUGAAUCAGCCUGCUCACCACCAUCCUUUGCCUCGAUUUCAAGUCAGUGCUUCGAACCAAACUAUGCGCCCGCAGCAGAUAGGAGGGCAACCAAGUCAGCCACUGGGAAGACAGCCACACUCUCAACCGUACCCACAACAACAAGUUCAACAAGUGCAACAAGUGCAACAAGUGCAACAACAGCACCAGCAACAAUCUUCAAUGGGUCCUCCUACUCAAUACGGUGUCAGCCAGUCAAGACCUCCCCCUUUGCAUCAAGGACAGCAUUCGACACAACGCGGCAAUCAUAUGCCCAAAGCUUCUGGACCACAGAGAAGCCCCAACACUGGUGCUUUUGGCCACCAACAAAUGUCCAAUCGCCCUCCACAGCCGCAAAACUACGCAACUCAGUCUCAACAGUUUGGACAGCCCAACAAUUUUAGAAGCUAUGACAACCAACAGUACCAGUACACACCAAAUACCCAGUCUCCCGGUGGACAGAGAAAUAUGCCCCACAACCUGAAUGCCCCAACAUCAUCUAGACAUCCAUACGCGCAGCAGUUUUCGAGGUCUUACAACUAUGAUGGUACAGCAUAG